UCUGGCGUUCAAGGAUUCCCACAGUAUUUUUCUCCUUUCUUAGUUCUACAUACGACGGUGACUCCUUCUCGGUGUCUCCGUCCUUAAAAAUUCUGUCGUGGUCAUACCCGAUCGCAAUCUCUAGCCUAAACGAAUUUCCAAUCACUACCCGCCGGGUGGCUUACCUGCAUCCCUAUGGCUAAUAACAAGCGUCAGUGCGAAUUCAAAGGCAGUGCUGAGCACGAUCCUCUAUGCGUGUUGUCAAUUACUGCAUCAAAUCUUGACAACCCUUCCAAGUCGUCGUCCCAGCACCCAUGCGUCCAACUUGCCCUUCCUGAAAGUCCAUCGGCGCCAGCGCCCGCGCAGCACAAAGUUCCCAUCGAGAUUCUCAUAGAAACUUUCUCGCGCGCUUCAAGUCUGGACUCUUCGUGUAGCAUCUUCGACAUACAGCACCAUUCCUGGGCCAUUUCACAGGUCUGCAGGUCAUGGAGAUCCGUGUCGACUUCCAUGUGUUCCGCGAUGUGGUCAGAAAUAGACAUCGACUUUAAUGAUGACGAAUUGAGGGGAAAGAGAGAUCCUAUCUCAAUGCUUCGAACGGUGCUGUCUCGGUCGGGCCAACACGUAUUGGAUAUCGAAUUCCUCAUGUCCUACCGUGCGGAGGAACCGUUCCAGUGUGCCAUGUGGGAACAAGUGGUUGCUCAUGCCGGGCGCUGGUCAAAGAUCUAUCAUGCCCUCAGUCAUCAGGAACCGUCUCAUCUCGCCUGUCUUCGUGGGCGACUCGUGCAAUUGGAGGAGUGCUACAUUCAGCGUGACCAUGACCAUCCUGGGCCAAGCCUCGAUCUCAUUGAUGCAUUCGAACAUACGCCGAAACUGAAGAAUAUGACUCUGGUUGGUCUAGGUCCUACUACACUUGUUCCCGUCUCAUAUGCCAAUCUCGAGUCCUUUAAAGACGAAAGGAGGGAUUGGCAUGCAUCAGAUGAGAUACACACGUAUUUCAUCAACCUACUGCGUCAUUCCCCAAAAUUAACAGAAUUUCAUACAUCAUAUCAUUGCGUUGGAGCGGGUGCCGCCUGGCCGCGUAUAUCGAAACCAGCUGUCACGUACUUCUCAGGCUGCGAAGAAACCUUAUUCCAUAGUCUGUCCCUUCCGCAACUGAAGCACGCCGAACCUCUUUCGAACUCUCGAGGACAUUGCAGGUUGCUUAGGAGAUUUCCAUGAUCUUCUCUCCCACUCACAGUGCCACACUCUUACCCAUCUGUCCAUUUCCGACGUCCAUCUGAAUGAAAGUUUACUUUCCCUAUCUUCCGAUUAUCACCUGCUCUAGCCUCUUU